AUGAAUCAAAAUCAUGUUAUUACAAUAGACCAAGAGGUGAAGUUCAUGAACACCCAAAUGAAAAAACCACCAAAAUUACUACACAAAUCAGCUGGAAUGGACUCUUGUUGCAUAUUCAGAGUCCCCCAGAGUCUUUUCGAGAUCAACAGGGAAGCAUAUCAACCUCGAAUUGUCUCAAUCGGCCCAUACCACCAUGGAAACAAGCAUCUUGAGAUAAUCGAAGAACAUAAAUGGAGGUACCUGAAUGAUUUGAUCCAAAGAACAGGUAAGUCAAUUGGAUUUUUCAUGAAAAUCAUAGUGUCAAUGCAGGAUCAAAUUCGACAAAGCUACUCAGAAUCUAUUGAUCAAUUUUCCACCAAUGAUCUUGCUAAAAUGAUGGUGCUUGAUGGGUGUUUCUUGAUUGAAUUGUUCAGAAAAGUUGGAAAGUUGGUUCAGACUGAUAUAUAUGAUCCAAUUUUCCGUGUGGCUUGGGUGUCUCCAUUUUUGAUGAGAGAUCUUUUGAGAAUUGAGAACCAAAUCCCAUUUUUUGUUCUCCAGAAGUUGUUUGAUGUAUCUAAACCUGAAGUGUCUAAACCCGAUGAUCCCACACUUUCAUAUUUAAUCCUUGAGUUUUUCAAUUACACAGUUGAUAGGAAAAAAGAGAUACUAAAUCAACACAAGAAUACCGAAGGGAAACAUUUACUAGAUUUUUUCCGAAAAAGUUUCAUAAACCCUAAAGAACAAAACCCAGUUCCCACCUUUGACAUAUCCAAAAAUUCUUUCCAAAAACUUAUCCACCUCCCCACCAAACUCAGGAUCAAUUAUAGCUCUUCCGUUAAACUUAUCCCCCCAGCGAACAAACUCAAGAUCGCUGGGGUUAAGUUUAAGGCAAGUCAUGAACCCGAUAGCUUCUUGGACAUUGAAUUCCGAAAUGGGGUUCUUUUGAUUCCUCAAAUAAACAUGGACGAUUUUUACAGUUCGUUCUUUUUGAACUGUGUUGCUUUCGAGCAGUGUUAUUUUCACUGCAGGAAACAUAUUACAACUUACGUUGUGUUCAUGGGAUGUCUAAUGCACACCUCGACUGACGUGGGUUUACUUGCGGAAGGCAAAAUUAUUGAGAAUUAUUUUGGUAAGGAUAAAGAGAUAGCGGAAUUCUUCAAAAGUGUUGGGAAAGAUGUAGCUUUUGAUAUCACAAACAAUUACUUAAGACACCUGUUCAUCGAAUUAAACAAUUAUUGGAAUGGGUGGAAUGUGAGUGUGGACGGGAUUAAGAGUACUUAUUUUCCCAGCCGAUGGGCCUCAAUUUCGGUGUUUGCAGCCUUCUUGUUGCUUUCCCUUGCGGUUCUACAGACAUUUUACACUAUUUACCCGUAUUACCAUCCUAACUGA